AUGUGCUCACCUAAGAUUGCUGGGGGCUUGAAUUUACCAAAUCUAAAGCUAUGGAACAAAGCAGUUGUAGCAAAGAAUUGUUGGGAUCUGGCCAAGAAAGAGGACAAAAUAUGGAUUAAAUGGAUCCAUGUGUAUUACAUGAAAGGGCAAACACUAAAUGAGAUGAACAUCCCAACCCAAUCAAGUUGGAUGGUUAGAAAAAUCAUAGGUUCCAGGGAGGAGAUAAGCCAAGUACAAAAUAGACUCAUGACAGUGGAUAGGUUAUUGAAAUGGGGCCUAUCUGUUGAUCCACUAUGUGUGUUAUGUACAGUUGAGAAUGAGAAUAAAGAUAACUUAUUUCUUCACUGCAUAUUUACUCAAAAUCUAUGGAGAAGAAUAAGGAGCUGGCUACGAUUAAAUUGGCCAGAUAGAGGGAACUGGGAACUACAUAUGAAGGAGGUGCUCACUAGAACCAAAGGCAAGAUAACUCAAGCAAGUUUGUUAAGAAUGGUGUAUACGGAGUAUGUCAAUGCAGUUUGGAGGGAGAGGAACACGAGAGUAUUUGAAAAGCGCCAACAAACAGAGGAAACAAUUGCAAGGGACAUCGCCUGUGUUGACACCUAA